GUAAAAUAUACACUGACAAAAUCAGCAAUUCAGUAGUAGAGUACUUACUGCAUUUUCAGACCAUAUAGUGUAUGUUUUAAUUUCUUUUGUGUGAUAGAAACUAGCUUAUUGGAGACUAUUCUUAAUCUGCUGUCAUUCCGUUUAGUAUUCUGAGUGUUUCAAAUGUGAGAAUUAAAGGGAAAAUACCGAACUACUGCAAACAGUAAUCUUCUGUUUGUAGUCCCUAUAUAUUCAAGAGAAUAGAUAUCCAGAACUUUUAAGUAAUUUAGGAAGAAUGCAACCUACAUGAUUAUUUUCUGUCAUAAUCGCGCACCAUAUAUAACAAUGGUAAAAAUCUUACUACUAGUAGUAUGUUUUUAUUUGAUUAGGGUGCAGGAAAUAUCCUAACUUAUCAAUGUUAUCCCUUUUUGGAAAAAUUGGAAAAUAUAGUGUUUAAAAAUCUAAUAUUUCAAAAAUAUUUAACUUACGUAAACCUAAGAAAUAUUUCAAUGAAUGCAUUUAAAACAGAGGUGUAGCUAGAUGGAAAAACAAAUAUUAAUUUGCACGUAACCUAUGCCCCUUGAAAUGAAUAAUAUGGCGACUUGUAGGGCAGGACUCCAAGUUGGCUGAAGCUCAAGGUGAAUCUGCCAAGUUCAUCAUUUUCUUUGUUUCCCUAGAUAACCAAAUGGUUUCUCAACUUGAAAAAAACCCAUUGCAUUUAAAUAAAACCUGAAAUGGUUAAGUGUUGGGUUUUUGUGUUUUAUUUUGUUUUUGAAUAAUGAGCUAGGAACACGCUGUUUCUCAGAAUAUCUGUGUGCCCAGCAUAGGUAUUUUUGUGUGUCUGAAGAUGUAAUUGUAAGCAUUUAAGUACGGAUGGGUGGUUUUCCUGUGUAUUGCAUUAUAAACGUGCAGUGCAGACAUACUUGAGUUGCUGUACUCUUUUGAGGUCUGGAUGCCUAUAAUUUCACUACGCGCUUUACCAUUUUUUUAAAACAUAAAGUUCAUACAUAUAAUACUGUCUAGCUGCAGGAAGGCUAAUGGAAGGUUGUAUGACUUUCUCUGUUUCUCAGGGUCUUUCUCCCUUUCUCCUCUGCUUUCCUUUAUCUCUUGUUGCUUCCUUUCUGCCUUCAUUAUGUCUUAAAUGCUGAAGUGCUGAAUAUGCAGGAAAAUCUUCCGUUCACUUACCCUCUUGCUCUCCCUCCCUCUCUCUCUCUUUUUGCCUGACUUUCCCCCCGCUUCCCUUUCCUGUGGAGAAGAUUUUCAAGCAGUUCUAAAAUAUUUUAAUGUGUUCCUCUGAGCGGCCUUUAUUUCUGCAUUGCUUGCUUCUGGGGCCCUGACUGAGCAUUCCUUUAGCAAGAUAUAUUCCAGCUUCUUCAACAGCAGACUAUGGUACACAGCUUGAAGAUGGACAUAAUGAUCAUCUUACAGCUCUUGAUGAGAAAGCUUUACUGCAACAACGCUACACAAGCAAGCCCUAUAAUAUGUGGCACAGUAUAAGGAAGUCGGAAGCUGAGGAUGUUGCUGUAGAGAGAAGAAAACGGGCUGUAGUAGAACAAGUGAUGGUUGAUCAGUUAUCUAGAGCCAUUAUAAGUGACCCAGAGCAGUCCACACGUGAUGAUGCUUACAAGGAAGCUGAAGGAAUUCUGGGACUUGGGAGAGCACCAAUGCAUUUUAGAAAAAGAAUGCUCCAUGAAACGAAAAUAAGGACCAAAUCAGGAUUAACUGAAAACAUGCUCUCUAACAAACUGCGCUUUGAUAGUAGGAUUAUAUCAAGAAAUGGUCAUGAUGCUUGUAGAGAGUUGAUUGGAUUUUUUUUCACAUGUGACAGAUCCCUUACUGUGUACGAAUUUCGGCAGUUUGGAAAAAAUAGAACAAAUGCCUUGCCUUUCAUUCGGAAGGGAAUUUAUCAACAUGAACGUGGACAAAGGAAGGGGAAAGCUUAUGACCUUAGUGACUUCUAUAUUGGAGCUAACCUAACUUUCCGAAGUAUUGAUCAUAACCUUCCAGAAAGUGUUAAGCAGAACCCAGUUCUCACCCUUCGUGUGAUAAGUAUAGAUGAAGCUGCUAUGGAUUUUCUAAAAGCUUCUUCUACAGAGUUCAAGCAAGAGUGUUCCAAGCAAGUGGUUGAUGACAACAAAGUUUUCAGGAAGAUUCAAGGUAUACUCAGAGAGACACUAAGUAAAAGAGGAGUUCGGGUUAUAACAGGCUUAGGAAAGUAUUUCCGACAAGUAGACAAGAACAGAAAUGGUUUUCUCUCUCAGGCAGCCUUUAAAGAAGCUCUAAAAGUUUUCCAUUUGGAAAUUCCUGAAGAGGACUUUGAAUCCUUAUGGCUUAUUCUUGAUGACAGCAAGAGUGAUAAAGUCGAUUAUGGAGAAUUUACUCAUGCCAUAUUUGGAGAAAUGAAUGAAUAUAGGAAAGCAUUUGUAAGAAAAGCUUAUAUGAAACUAGAUUUCAGCAAAACUGGGAGUGUGCCUAUGGUAGAUAUCAGAAAAUGUUACUGUGCAAAGAAACAUCCUCUAGUAUUGGCAGGCAAAGCUACAGAAGAAGAAAUUAAAUCAUCGUUUCUAGAAACAUUAAGAGAGUCCUGCAGCAACCCCAGUGAAGUGUCCUAUUCUGAGUUUGAAGAUUACUAUGAAGGAUUAAGUAUUGGAGUAAUAGAUGAUGAUGAUUUUGUUAAUAUCUUAAGGAACCCUUGGGGAAUUUAGAGUGGAAGAUUACAAAAAUGAAGAAGGGACGUUUUCUACAACAGGGAGUGAGCUAAAUAAGGGAGGAUUUAGUCUUGAUGUGCAUUACUUCAUAAUUAGUGUCUUAAACUGAUUACAGGGACUGAAGAUUUUAGAUGCUUUCAGAAUAAUACAUGGCAAAUUCCUUAGAGGAGUGUCUGUUGAGCUAUGCUAACCACUUUUUAAAUAUAAAUUAUGUUCAUUCCUUUUCAUUGGGAAUAAUAAAGGCUGUUCCCCAUACUGAAAGGCAUCAUUUACUUGGUGUUAAAGUGACCUAUUUUAAAAUAAGAGAGAAUUAGACUACUAAAGUGCAUGAAAGGGUAUAUGCAAGAGGAAAUUUAGUUUUACGACUUAUUGUGAAAAGCUUUAGAUUUGACUGCAUAAAUAUGAAUGGUAGCUUUUCUUCAUAGUUUUCUUAUGAAAGCAAUAUGUGUGUUCUUUGUGUCAUUUUUUGUUUGUUAUGCUGGUACUGAGCUUGAAAGAGAACAGGUCAUCCUUUUCUGAUUUUGAGGAUAUCUGCAGUACUGAAAGUGCGGAAAUGUUCACACCAAUUAGCCCUUUGGCCUGUGUACCAUCUUGACUGAUCCUUUUUCAUUAUGGUCUGGCAUCUGAAGCUGAGCAUUGCAUCUCAAACAUUUUAAUAAGCACAUAUAUAUUUUGUAAUGCACUUCCUCCUUUCCUGUAUUUUGCUAAGUGUGUUUUUUUUGGAAAAAAAAAAUCUUUACUUUCUAUUGCUUUUUUUUUGUAAUUAAAACUUUGCAAUUAUAUCCUUUGUCAAGCUGAUAUAUAGCAUUUCCUAUCAGCUCUAAAACAGAAAAGUCUAAUAAACCCCCCCAAAAAAACAAUCAAACCCAAACCAACCACCUCUGUCACAAAACAUUAACCCAUGAAUUAAAAUAUUUCUGGCUACUUCAAAUAUUCGAGGUACACUUUUCAAUGUAAUACAUCUUGUUAAUUCGGUACAAUUCUUUAUGUUAAGAAAUUAAAAAAAAUGUAUUAUUAAUUAUAUAGAGAGAUAGAUAGCCUUUGGUUUCAACAUGCCUGUCACCAAAACUAACUGUAUGUUGAACUGCAUUUCUUGAGCAAUUGAAAUCUCUUUGUUUCCCCUGUGCUUGUCUGCCUGGUUUUGUAUUUAUAGUCUAUGGUUAAACCUUCCUCUGAGACAGAAUUUGUGUUUCAUAGGAUGGUAAGGGCAGUGCUGAAAUGAGGGACUUUGGUCCCUCUGUGGCUGACUGACUUAUUCUAGAUACAACACUUCCUUGUUCUAAUAGCUUGUGCAUUGUUACGUUUUGAUUGUUUUACCCUGUCCUCAGAUGUAACUAAAACUGAAGUUUCUGCUCUAAAUCCUCAAAUGAGAGACUUCGGGGGGUUCUUUUGGGGCUACAAAAGUCUGUAUGUAUUGGUUUACAGAGAAAGGCAAAUUCUCUGCUAUUCUAAGAAGAAUUCUGAUGUGGCUUAUUAUGAUUUUCUUGCUUCCCAUUCCUGCUGGAAUUUCUCUUGCUGGAAGGAUUUUGUUAAUUAAGUGUUCUUGGAAUUGCUGAUUCUGAAAGGGCAAUUUCAGCUGGUUUUACAGGGAUCUGCUUGUUAAUGUGUCUGUUCAAAUAGCUGAAAAAUACUAAGUGGCAUUUUUAUUACUUUUUCAAAGAAUCACUUGCUCUGUUCAGGCUUGUUCACUUGGGAGAAUUGUACUAAUGUAUAAAAUUGUAGCUCAAUUUAAUAAAUGUGAAAGUGAUUGUGAAA